UCCACCACGUUUUAUCAGUUAGUCACGUGCGCGUGCACGUGACGGUGCGGACGGAGAGACCUUGUCAGACAGAGAGUUAACGGCUAUAGAUGUAGCGAGCUAACCAUAGCUGUCACCUUGAAGGCAGAUGUUUUCUGUCGUAAAACACGUUUAAAGAGUAUUUUAAACUGAAUGCUUAUCUUCCGCGGCAGCUGGACACACAGAUGAAGCUAAAUUAUGGUGAGGCUGUGACGCCCCCGGGUGUGACCAUGUUGGCGCGUCUGUUCAGGCUCCAUGGCCUGCUGGUGGCCUCCCACCCGUGGGAGGUCAUAGUGGGCACCGUGGCUCUCACCGUCUGCCUGGUGUCUAUGAACAACAACCUGGCAGCCAGCAGCCAGAUGUGCAGCUGGAACGAGUGCCCCAAAGUGGAGGAGAAAAUCUACAGCGGCGACGUGAUCAUCCUUACGAUCACGCGCUGCACGGCCAUCGUUUAUAUCUACUUCCAGUUCAAGAAUCUGCGACAACUGGGCUCCAAAUACAUACUGGGUAUUGCCGGGUUGUUCACGGUGUUUUCCAGCUUUGUUUUCAGCACAGUGGUCAUCCACUUCUUUGGGAAAGAGCUAACGGGUCUUAAUGAAGCUCUGCCCUUCUUUCUCCUGCUCAUCGACCUCUCCAAAGCCUGUGCUUUGGCCAAAUUUGCCCUCAGCUCAAACUCUCAGGAGGAGGUGAGGGAGAACAUCUCCCAGGGCAUGGCCAUCCUGGGCCCCACCUUCACCCUGGACGCUCUGGUCGAGUGUCUGGUCAUUGGGACCGGCACCAUGUCGGGUCUGCCUCAGUUAGAGAUCAUGUGUUGUUUUGGCUGUAUGUCUGUCCUGGCCAAUUACUUUGUCUUCAUGACCUUCUUCCCCGCGUGUGUCUCCCUGGUCCUGGAGCUGUCCAGAGAAAGUCGUGAGGGCCGUCCAGUCUGGCAACUGAGCCACUUUGCCCGCGUGCUGGCUGAGGAAGAGGACAACAAGCCCAAUCCGGUGACCCAGAGGGUCAAAAUCAUCAUGUCUCUGGGCCUGGCCUUGGUUCACGCUCACACUCGACUAGCAGCGGAGCAGCCGGCUCAGAAUCGCUCGGCGGAGGGGCCCCUGGCUAUGAGACUGGACUCUGGUGGUACCAUGAGGCCUUUGAGGCUCACCAGCAUGGACCUGGAGCAGCUGAUAACGCUCAGUCUGGCCCUGCUCCUGGCUGUGAAGUACGUCUUCUUCGAGGAGACGGAGGCGGAGUCUUCCCUGUCCCUCAUGAGUCCCAUUAUCAGCUCUCCUCUGACCCAGAAGCCCGGGGUGGUGGGAGACCGCUGCAGGAGGGACUCCCCGGGCCCGAAACCCCAGACAAUCGCGAGCCGCGCAUUAGCAACCGGUCCCGCCUCGCCAGCUGUCUCGCGCCCUAAACUUCCCCCUGAGACCGGAGAGAAGGCCCCAGCGGAGAGCUGCGUUUCGUGUUUUGAGGAGCCUCUCGCUCAGACGCCAUGUGUUCCUCAGAGCAGCUGUAAGUCAGAGGCCCGGACGCUCGAGGAGUGUAUGGCCGUCCUCUCGGAUCCUCAGAGGGGACCCCGUUUCCUCAGCGACAAAGAGGUGAUGAACCUCGUGUCCUCGCGCAACAUCCUGAACUACAAACUGGAAUCUGCCCUGGAGACUCCGGAGAGGGGCGUGGCCAUCAGGAGGGAAAUGCUGUCACUCAAACUGCCUGUCCUGUCUGCUUUGGCCGCUCUUCCUUAUAAGGACUACGACUAUUCUAAGGUGAUGGGUACUUGCUGUGAGAACGUGGUCGGCUACAUGCCGGUGCCGGUAGGAGUGGCUGGUCCUCUCCUGUUGGAUGAGAAGCAGUUUUACGUUCCUAUGGCGACCACAGAGGGAUGCCUGGUCGCCAGCACCAACAGAGGAUGCAGGGCGCUUUCUCUGAGCGGAGGUUGCCGCAGCAGGAUCCUCGCUGACAGCAUGACCCGGGGUCCCGUGGUGAGGCUGCCCUCGGCGUGCCGGGCUGCGGAGGUCAAAGUCUGGCUCGAGACCUCGGACGGGUUCGCCACGAUCCGAGAGGCGUUCGACCAGACCAGCAGGUUUGCCCGCCUGGAGAAGCUGCUGGUGGGCUUAGCCGGGAGGAACUUGUACAUCCGCCUUCAGUCCCAGACGGGAGACGCCAUGGGCAUGAACAUGCUCUCCAAGGGGACGGAGCAGGCUCUGCGCAGCCUCCGACAGCGGUAUCCAGAUGUGGAGGUGCUGUCGGUCAGCGGCAACUACUGCACCGACAAGAAGUCUGCCGCCAUUAACUGGAUCCUGGGUCGGGGGAAGUCCGCUGUGUGUGAGGCCACCAUCCCCGCCAACGUGGUCGGGGAGGUGCUGAAGAGCAGCUCGGCUUCUCUGGUGGAGCUGAACAUCAACAAGAACCUGGUGGGCUCGGCGAUGGCCGGCAGUAUCGGGGGCUUUAACGCUCACGCCGCCAACAUUGUGGCAGCCAUCUACAUCGCCUGUGGACAGGACCCGGCUCAGACGGUGGGGAGCUCCAACUGCAUCACCCAGAUGGAGGCCGCCGGUCCAGAGGGGCAGGACCUGUACAUCAGCUGCACGAUGCCCUCCAUCGAGCUGGGCACCGUGGGAGGAGGCACCAACCUGGCGCCACAGCAGGCCUGUCUGCAGAUGCUCGGCGUUCAAGGCACCAGCCCCAGCGAGCCGGGGGAGAACGCCCGUCAGCUGGCCCGAGUGGUUUGCGGCACCGUGCUGGCGGGGGAGCUCUCCCUGAUGGCCGCUCUAGCAGCCGGGCACCUCGUCAAGAGCCACAUGGCCCACAACAGAUCCAAAACCAACCUGAGGGAGGCGCCUUCGUCGAAGUCGGAGGCGGCUGCGUGACGUCGACGCCGGCAGAUGGAACGUUCGAGGACGUCCUCACGAUGAAGAACAUAACCCAAAAUAUUUUUUUUCUUUUUUGGGGUUGAGAUGUUCCUCGUCUGUGCCACUGGGCAUCUCAGUCUUCUGAUGGGGGGGAGGACUGGGGAACUGGGGAACUGGGGAACUGGUCUUUGAGUAAAAACCCAUCAUGUUGCAAACCCCCUGAACAGCCAUCCUGUCCUGUGUGCCUCUUAAGGACCUUUUUUUUUUUCAUCCAAAUUACAUGAAGCGAGCUCUUCAAACAGCUUGAACAUGUUGUUUUUCUCUCUCUCUCAAAUGGAUUUCUGAACUUGCCAAACGCUUGUUUUCAUAGUUUUAAAAUGCCGACUCUCUGCCUGGAUGCGUGCUGAACUAAAUCCGCGCUGUAGGACACCGCUUGCACAGCCCUCCCUGAUUUAAGCUCCCGUAUACUGUGUAUACUGCAGACCCACGAGAGGGGGUUGGUCACCAAGUGACCGGUGUGAACGCGUCGUUACACGCAGGUUUCUUCUUUACGUUGUAGGACGAAUAGGAAACACUGGAAAAUCAAAGCCAUAUUGUCUAAUGUCGGCAGGUUGUUGUAUUUUUACUUACCUGAAAGCUUGAAUGUGGCCUUACGGUUUGUCAAGGAGAAGUUCUAGAUAGAAUAUUUAAUUUUAAGCUCUUCAUUUAAAAAGAUUGUACUGCUUUCUUAUGAGAAUUAAACUCUGUGCCCUCUGAA